AUGAAAUCCCUCUACUUCCUCCUCAGCCUCUUGGCCCUCCUCCCCACCCUCGCUCUCGCAGGGGAAUCCUACCCUCCCCGCCCCGCCGGCAAAUACGGCAAAGGCGUGCCCACCGAACCCGUCGACGAGCCCCUCAAGCGCCCCAAGGAUCCCUCGCUAUGGUGGCAAGGCAUAACCGACGACGACGUCUUCUACCCUGAAUGGGCUGCCAUCUCUGCGCGCGCAGCGUCAAAGGCAAAGGACACGAAUGUAGCUGCGGAUGCGAAUGUCGACGCUACCGCGCAGAAGAAGAAGAAGAACAAGAAGGAGAAGGAAAUGCCAAAGGCUUUGCAGUUUGCGGGCAAGUGGAAAUACUGCGGUUGCGCGCGAUGGACGAAUGGAGACAAAUGUGAGAAGAUAAAGCGAGUGGGUGGCAAUCGGAUUUCAAGAACAUAUAAAGAUUUGGACCAUGCGAGUGAAAAAGGAGAAGAUGAUAGAAUUAAUCAACAACUCUCCCCAAGUGCAUCAGAGGCCUGGGCCGAAUGCAUGAGCACGAAUCAACGUGGGAAAACCUAG